UUUAAAUAAAAUUUAAAUUGAUUAUUUUUUUUGAAUUGUCAAUUUAUGUUUGUAUCAAUUGUUUGCUUCAGCUGCUGCAUUGAAAUUGUUGAAAGAAUUGAUUCGUAUUUGUCUCCUUUUGAGGUUUAUGUUUGAUUCUUUUCAAUUGUAUGCUUCAGCUGCUGCAUUGAAAUUCUUGAGAGAAUUGGUAAGAAAUUACCUUUUUCGUGAGUGGAUUAGUAAUGGACGUGAAAAUUCUUAAUGACCCUUUUGAGGUUUAUGUUUGAUUUUUUUAUUUUUUUUUCAAAAAUUAUCUGCUACAGCUGCUGUAUUGGAAUUAUUGAGAGAAAUGGUAUAAAGUUGUCUUUUUUGUGAGUGGAUGAGUAAUGAGUGUGAAAAUUCUUAAAGGUCCUUUUGAGGUUUGUGCUUGAUUCUUUUAAAAAAAAUUAAUUUCUUGAAUAUCUUUUUUGGUAUGGAUUUGUGUUGUUGUGAUAUGGUUUAUGGGUAGCUGCUAAAUGAUUUUCAAGUCUUACGGACAUUUGUGGCUAAUUUAUAUUUGAGGUGUUAAGCUGAAUGCAGAUGAAUAAUGUUCAAAAUUUUAGCUUUUGCAAUGAAAUUCUUGAAAAAUUGGUCUUGAAUUAGUGUUUUUCUCUUAAUAAAUUAAUGAUGAUAAAAAGGGGUAGCUCGGUGCACAAAGUAUCUCACGCUCACGCAGGAUUCAGGGAAGGGCCGCACCCCAAGGGUGUGACGUAGACAGUCUAUCCUAAUGCGCUGCUUACACAGUUCAAACCUGUGACCUUAGGUCACACGGAGACAACUUUACCGUUGCUCCAAGGCUCCCCUUCAAAUGGAUUACUGAUGAUGCUGUGAAUAAUUUUGAGGAUCGCCCUUAUGAGGUGUCUGUUUGAAUAUGAAAUGUGAUUGGUGUUAUUUCACUUUGAUGAGUUAUAAAGGUAGCUUCAAAACCUCUAAAAGCAUUAUUUAUAUUUGCAAACAUGUGGAUGGUUCAGCUAUAGCUGAGCUUCUUGUGAAAAAAUGGAUUUUGUGUUGCUAUGAAUGUUCUGGGUGUGAAGAUUCUUGAAGGACCCAUUUGGGUUUCUGUGGAAAUUUGAUCUUUGAUUGUUGUUCUGUUAAUUCAAUUGGUCUAUAAGUUGCUCCAAAGCUGUUCUUUGAAGUUUCAUUUACCAUAUUGAAUUCAUGUUUCUGCGAGUUCAUUAGCAAUAGGUGUGAAGUUCUUGAAGAAAAGUCAAUUUUGAAUUUGAUCUUGGUUUGUACUCUUGUUAUUUUAUGAGUCGAAGGUAGCCUUCUUGGUAAUUCAAGUUAUUGGAACAUUUCUUAAUUUUCCCUUCUUUUUUUGCAUGCUCUUGAUCUUACCUAGUAAAUUGCUCAAACAUCUGUGUGUGUUCUAUUGUUCAGCUGUUGUAACAAACGCUCUGAAGUUCUUCCUGAGUUUGGUUUUAUGUUUCGAAUUUGAUCUUAUUUAUGUUAUUGCAGUUUGAUGGUUCGAUAGGUUAGCUUCAUUAACCUUUUAUAGACCCUUUCGUAAUCUAGCAUGAUUCCAAUUUGUUCUGUUUGUGCUGAGAAUGAUUUAAAAAUAUCAGUCACGUUUUCCUCAACUGGAUUGGCCCUAAAUUUGGUUUUUGUGAGCGGAUUGGUGAUGUGUGUGAAGCUUUUAAAGAUCCUUUGGGGUUUCUCUUCAAAAUUCAUCUUUAAUUGCCGUUUGCAAUUUGAUUGGUCUGUAAGCAACCCUUUUAGGAUUCUCGAACCAUUAGAACAUUUCUAGAUUCUCUGUCUUUUAUUAGCAUCUAAUUUAGCUUUUAAACGUUCAAGCAUCUGAUAUUCUCCUCUAUCAAACUUAAUAGAUGUGUCUGAUAAUGUGUCUCUGGCUUUGCUACCAGUGUGCUCCAAUUUUUGGGGAAUUAAUGUUAUAUUCUCAUAAAACCAUACUUCUGUGUGUAUAUGAUUGCUCGUGGAAAGGAAGUCAAAGAUGAAGUUGCUAGACAGUAUAUGCUUCUAAAUGGCAUGAGAUGUGAUUUAGAGUGAAACUUUUUUUAUAUACAAAAGUAUAUAUUGAUUAGUUUGCAGCAAACUCGAUUCUGCAACAAAAUUUUGAAUUUACAUAACUUGCUGAAUGCUUGCUUGUUCAAGUUUCAAACACCAAGAGGAACAAGAUGGUCAGAGCAUAUUCACAAGAGCAUAUUUACAGGCACCCAUGGGAACGAGUGACUUCUGCAUCGUGGCGCAAGUUUGCUGAUCCUGAGAACAAACGCGCCCUAUCCCACAUCCUCGAGGUUGAUACUUUGAAUCACAAGAUUGAUCCCAGCUCGGGGAAGCUCUACACAACUCGUGCCAUCAAUAUUCAUGCACCAGGGCCCUGGUUUAUUCGGAAGAUCAUUGGUCAAGAUAUCUGCCACUGUGUUGAAUCAACUGUUGUCGAUGCACAAUCUCGGUCAAUGCAACUCUCUACUCGCAACAUCAGUCUCGAGAACUUCAUUGAGGUGGAGGAGAAAAUUAGAUACGAUCCACAUCCUGAGAAUCCAAAGUUAUGGACUGUCUGCAAGCAGGAAACCAGUAUUAAGAUUAAACCCUUGUCAGCACUGGCUUCUAUGGCAGAGAAAAUAGAGCAGAAAUGUGUGGAGAAGUUCCAGGCAAACAGUGCGAAAGGUAGAGAUGUUAUGGAACGGAUGUGCAAGUACUUAGAAGCUGAAUCCAGUGGCAUUUCAGUGUGAUCAAGUUCUUGAAUAGCUUUAUGUUAAUCUUCUUCAGUGAGUAGCAUUUAGGAUUUGCUCACUUUAAAGAUGAGAGGUGAGUUUUUUUGGUGAAACAUUAGUUGGCUGAUGAGUUUUGCAAGUUCUUGUUGGCAACACAAGGAGGUUAUAUUUUGGUUCAAUCUGUCGAACCUAUUUGUAAACAGCUUUAGAUAUAAUAAUAUGGCAAUUCCCGAACUCGUUGAGAGGAGAUUCUAUUGGAAACAACCUCUCUACCCUACAAGGAUAAGGAUAAGGUCUGCAUACACACUAACCUCCUCAGACCCCACUAGGUAGGAUUAUUAGAAAUCAACUUGAAGAUAUACAUUUGUUGUAUGUCUGGCUUGAAGGUGCAGAGCAUAAUCAUCUUAAAUAUUGUGAAAGACUCGAGGAGGUAUUAAGAA